AUUUUUAUAUUGUAAAAUAUAUUUUUCCGCUUUGGCAGAGUAAUUCUAUAAAGCAAAAUUAUGGCAUUACCUGGAAAAAUCAGUACUUAUCAAAGAUUAAUGUUGAAGAUCGCUUCGGCUCUACCUGGGAGAUUCCGCACCGCGUUUUUGCAUCCUGCAGGUCCGACUACUGUAUUCUUCUGGGCGCCAACGUUUAAGUGGGGCCUGGUUAUAGCAGGUAUAGGAGACGUCAAACGACCCGCGGAUAUGGUAUCUCUCAGCCAAACUGCGAGUCUUAUGGUUACAGGUGCCAUAUGGUCUAGAUACUCACUGGUUAUCAUACCAAAGAAUUACAAUUUGUUCAGCGUUAAUUUAUUCACCUGCGCUACGGGAGGAUAUAAUUUCGUCAGAGGAUUAUUAUAUCAAAUGGCGCAGAAGUGAGUGCACACCAACAAUGGUACGGAUCAUGAGAUGACUGAGAAAGGGAAGUGUAUUGAUAUAUUUUAUACAAAUGUAUCUCGAUUUUUAUUAU